CUAUGGAAUCUGAUGACGUCACAACUUCUGAGCUGAGAUUUCAGAGCGAAUCUUUGUUUGAACUUAACUCAAUCUCUUCCACUCUAUUUGUUAUAAGCUGUAGGAAAGCAUGUCUGAGGAAGCCGACGUUCUCUUAAGCAAGGCCAAGCUAGCCGAGCAAUCCGAAAGAUACGAAGACAUGGUCCAAUUCAUGAAGGAAUUUGUAGAGCUCAAAAAAAGGAUAGCACCCGAGGAGCGAAACCUUCUCUCCGUUGCUUUCAAGAACGUCGUUGGUGCCCGCCGUUCCUCCUGGCGAGUCGUGAGCAGCAUCAUCGCCAAAACAAAUGAUGAAGGCAAGUCCAAGCUGGCCGAGGCCUACAAGUCCAAAAUAGAAAAAGAGUUGGACGAAACCUGCCACGAAGUCCUGAAGCUCCUCGACGAGAAACUCAUCAAGCAAGCUGAGGAGGAGGAGGAUGCCAAAGAAGAAGCGGUAUUUUACCUGAAAAUGAAAGGAGAUUAUUACCGUUACCUCUCUGAGGUGAAGACAGGAGAUGAUAAGGAGAAAGUUGUUGAAAAUGCAGAUAAUGCAUAUAAAAAGGCCUCCGAGUUAGCAGCUGAGAAGCUUCCCACUACGAAUCCUAUAAGGCUUGGGCUUGCUCUUAAUUACUCCGUAUUCCAUUACGAGAUCAAACAGAGCUGCAAGGAAGCCUGCGAUUUGGCUAAGAAAGCUUUUGACGAUUCCAUAGCUGAGCUUGACCAGCUUCAGGAUGACACGUACAAAGACAGUACCCUUAUUAUGCAGCUCCUCCGUGACAACCUCACUCUUUGGACGUCAGAGAAUGACUCGAAAGAUGAUAAGGACGACGAGGAAGGGAAAUAAGUCCAAAUUUUAAAGAAACUUUUUUUUGAAUCUCUUUGAUUCCUUCAUUAUUUUAACAUUAUUAUUAUUAUUAUUAUUGUUGAGCUUUAAUUAAUUGUUUUAGGAUAAUUUGACAUUGUAUGUGUUACCAUUGUUAAUUUCUUAUUAUUGAUUGGUUUUUCACAAGAAAAAUAAAAA